AUGGCAAUGACUGCAACCGUCUCCAUUGUAAAGCUGACAUUUCCCCCAUGGGUAAGACGUCUGAAGAACAUUAAUAUGUCAGCAAAUGCGUCACAACGGAUGGCAGGCACAUUCAAAUCGAAGUCGGUUGACAGGUUGUCAGUUACACUGGCUGGCUUGCUUGUUCUUUUUUUCCCUAUCCUUCGCUCGCACCAGACCUUCCCACAAAUUCAAAUAUUGGCUGUUGUUGUCGACACCGGUAGCAGCCAUCGAUGUUGUUGUCGACAGCUAUCAAAAGUCUCCACUCGGAUCACUACGUGCUCGGAUCUCCGAUCUUCCAACGACAGCAACAACAACGCGACAAUGAGGAUCGCAACUACUCCUGGCUUCUCAAAGUGGCUGCUGCAACGUGUGAAUCAUUCGUACCCAUUCAAUGAGCUGAGAGUUACAAGGCAUGGAUUCACUUGGAAGUAUGUUAUCUUUGAAGGACAGUAUGCAGAUAACAGAUUCAUCAACAACCAAAAGCAUUGUGCUCGCCCAAUUGAAUUUACAGGGCACAUUCUUGAGCAGAUGAUCUUGCAAGGAGGAUGCAAGCCUCUUCCUCCUGUCAUGACCAACAUCAUGGAUUACAUGUAUUAUUGGGGACCUCAGAAGAGUCGCCCAUGGUACAGAGCUGUUCUCUCCACUCUUUAUGAAAUGUUGGAGGGGCCAUCUCCCUGUGAAAGGAAGGACAUCUUCAUGGAGUGCAUCUAUUGGUUAGUGAAGGAGAGGAUCACUGAGAGCUAUGACUUAUCCUCCAAUGAAGGGCAGAUUGUGAUGGCUGCUUGGCACGGGUAUUACAGCCAGUGGUACGAAGACAAAUUUUCCUUUAAGGAUUUCAGUAUAAUGAAUGAGGAGUUUGUGACUUUGUGCAUUGAAGACCUUGACUAUUCUGGAGGCCUGCGACCCCAAUUUGCUAUGUUUAUUGAUGGGAACAACCAACCAUGA